UGUCCCCUCCCUAGAAUGGGGAGAGUUUCUGACUCUUGAAAAGGCUUGUUGUUCACCAAGGUCCCCAUGUUCACCACGGUCUCCGAGAUCUCCAAUCUCACCUCGGUCCAUGCGGCCCCCGUGGUCCCCUCGUGUGAUGCGGUCCCCCAGGCGAGUAGCCCCGUGUGGACGCCGCGCCUCCUGCGACUGGAUGGUGGAGAUUAUGGGUGGUGCUCCAUGUCGCCAGGGUCUGUCCGAGGUCUGCCACAGGGUCCUCCACCAUGUGAACAAUGCCAUUGCUGCAGACCUAUGUUCCUUUGCCCUUGUCACAGACGACAGGGCUGGUGGAAGAGUUCUCAGUGGUGUGGUCUUUCGCUCAAACAACGACGACUCGUAUGGCCAGAGUCAGCCUAAAUGGGACAGAUACAUCAUGGAAUAUGUCAUAGAAACUGGGAGGUCACUCAACAUCAUGGAUGUCAUUGAGGAUACCAGAUUCAGUCCUGAAAUGGGUGAAAUAUCUGGUUCCAGGCCCAAGAGCAUCUUGAGUUUGCCAGUGUACAACCCCAGAGAGGAGCUUGUAGGUAUUGUCAUGGCGAUCAACAAGACAACAGCUGCCGGCAUGAACUAUGGCCAGCAUUUUUUCUCAGAGGAAGAUGAGAAGGUUUUGGCAACUCAUAUGGGGAUGCUAGGUGUUAUUUUGGAUAACGCACAGCUUUGCGAGAAUGUUGAACAAGAAAGCAAGCGAAGCCAAGUAUUACUGGAAUUAGCUCGUCUGCUGUCAGAAACACACGACUCCCGGGAGUCUCUCUUAAACAAAAUGGCCUCCACCAUCCUUCCCAUCACCAGAGCCAAACUUUGCACUGUUUUCAUUGCUGACAGUGCUGAUAAGGCAUCAUUUGCAUAUGUCAUUGACACUGAAAAUAUGGGUCCUAAUGGAAAUGAGACUUUGUGCAAAAGGGAAUGUGAUGUCAACAAGAUAAGCCUUGCAUAUGCUGUUCACGUCAAAAACACACUUGAGACACUUAAUGUGGCCAACAUCUCCACAGACUGCAAUGUCGUCAUGCUUGACCAGACAACAGAGGAGGCAGGUGAUGAGAUGAGGACUCUAGUCUGCACACCUGUCAGAAAUGGACGCGAGGGCAAGGUUAUAGGAGUGUGUCAGCUUGUCAACAAGCAGAGUGAGGGAGCCUGCAGGGCGGAGGUGUUUGGCCGGGGAGACGAGCGCCUCCUGGAGGACUUUGCCCUGUACUGCGGCCUGGGCCUCCAGAACUAUGAAAUCCAACAGAAGGCCCAGUUGACCAGGGCUCAGCAGGAAGUGACACGAGAGGUUUUGUCUUACCACAUCUCUGCAUCAGAGGAGGAGAUUAUGACCUUGCAGGAGUCUUCCAUCCCCUCAGCACAGACCCUCUCCCUUUUGGACUUCAGCUUCAGUGAUUUCGGCCUGCCAGAUUCAGUCACAACACAGGCAACAGUGCGCAUGUUUCUGGACCUCAAUCUAGUGCAGGACUUCAAUAUUGACUACAAGAGUCUGUGCCGCUGGGUCCUGAGUGUGAGGCGUGGCUACAGGCGGGAUGUGGCCUAUCACAACUGGCACCAUGCCCUCAGCACUGCCCAGUGCAUGUUCGCCAUGCUGAAGGCAACGAGUCAUCUGCAGAAACAUUUCUCAAGUCUGGAGAUUUUGGCUCUGAUGAUCGCCACCCUCUGUCACGAUCUUGACCAUAGAGGAGUCAACAACUCUUACAUAGCACGGAGCCAGCAGCCUCUUGCUCAGCUUUACGGCCACUCAUCCUUGGAACAUCAUCACUAUGACUUGUGUGUCCUAAUCCUCAACAACCCAGGUAGUGAGAUUCUGAGUGGUUUGUCUCAGGAGGACUAUCGACGGUGCCUGCUAAUGGUUGAGAAAAGCAUUCUUGCCACAGAUCUGGCUCUCUAUAUGAAGAGAAGAGACGCGUUCUUCCAGCUAGCUGAGAGAGAGACCCUCUCCUGGCAAGAUCAGGAGCACAGAGAACUGCUGAGCUCGAUGCUAAUGACGGCGAGUGACAUCUGUGCUAUCACAAAGCCUUGGCCGGUUCAGAAGAGGACUGCCAGUCUUAUUGCCUCAGAGUUCUUUGCCCAAGGGGACCGUGAGAAAAAUGAAUUCAACAUCAGACCCAUUGCUGUAAUGAACAGAGAGAACAGCGCUCGUGUACCACACAUGCAGAUGGAAUACAUUGAUGGGAUUUGUGCACCCUUGUACAAGGCUCUUGCUGGAAUGUUCGACUCUUGCAAUCCACUAUUUGAAGGCUGCAUGAAAAAUCAUGAAAACUGGCAGCGCCUUGCUCAGGGAGAAGAGGAUGAAGUGUUUGCGACUGAUGGUUAGCCAAAGGAUCUGGAGUGGAAUGUUGUUUUACCAGAGUGUGAUAAGAUGGUUGAAGAUCCAAUCAGAUCAAGAACCCUCUUUUUUGUGGUUGACACUGACAUGAUUGGCUUUUUGUUAAAAAUGUAAGGAUCAUAUGCACAAGAAACUUGGAAGAUUUAGUUGCCUGUGUCCCCAUAAGUGGUUCUGUAAAAUGGAUUGAAUAGGGUGGGGUGAAGAAUAUCAUAAACCCUAUUAUAACAGAACAUCAUUUUAGUGAAACUAAAGAUUUUUAACCAGAGCUCAACAUGAGUGAUAAGAACAUUUGUGUGUGUGUG